AGGGGGCGGGGCAGGGGGAGAGCAGCUGAGCCGGGCUCGUUUCUUUGCAUUUCAUCAUAAGGCUUUUAAUGGAUUUUUUUCCCCCUUUCGGUCUCCGUUUCAGCGUCAGCUGUUGUGAACCCAGCAGAACGAUUUCCCUUUGCGUUACCUUAAACGAGCUGAAGGGAGACGCUGAAUGUCCUUUUUGAACUUAAAGUCUUUUUUUUUUUUUUUUUUUAAUGUCUGAUGCAACUGAGGUCUCGGAGGAGGAAUGGGGCUGUGGUUGACUGGUCGUGGCUAGUGAGUGGGGGGUCCGGCCGAGGUAAGGGCAGCAGCGUGCAUUUUCCGGAGGUGAGAGGGCUGGAAAGCUGGUGUGUUUGCAGGAGGUUUGAUCGCGUGAAGUGGCAAAAUGCGCAAAGUUGUUGUCCUUGCAACCUCUCCGUUGCUCUUGUCUUAAACUGGAAAAAGGGGGAGAAGAACUUCCCUCACCUUCUUGGCAAAUCAGGAGGCUUUGUUGGUGGCGCCGGGGUGGUUUUAAUGCAUUUUUGUGCGUGAGAUUAUUACAUAAGGUUGAUAAUUUCUGUUGCUGCUGGAUUUCCCCUCCUCCUCCUCCUCCUCCUCCCCCCCCCCCCUUGUGUGUUUUGUGCGGAUUUCUCUGGCUCGCUUUGAGUGAAUGAACUGGCGAUUUGCGAAGUUGCAAAGAGCCCCUCCGCCCCCUUUUUUGCAUCCUUCUCUCCCCUUUGCACUGCUCCGCGGAUGACAAAAGGAGUAAACUUCCUCUACUUUUGCUGGCAUAUUAAGAGGGCUUUCUGGAGAGAUUACGGUAUCAAAGCCUUGCAUCUGUCUACAGUUACUCUGCUGUUUUGAGCGUUUGAAGCAGUUUGGGGAGAGCAGGCGAGUGCUAUGUGCAAAAGCACUGAGGUGCUUUGCAUCCUUGCUGCACCGUGCCGGCUGGUUUUGUGUCCUCACGGAGCGCCGGGGAAGGCGGAAAGCUUUGCGUGUGGGAGCACUACCUGAUCGCUUUUCUUUGAAUAUCUUGAGUCGGGAGGAAAGUUUCAGGUCUUGGGAGAACCUCUCUUCUUCCUCUUGGUGGAACUACCCAUAAAACCUGUUUCUAAAACCAUCGCCCGACCCAGGGAUCAGCGAGAAGAGACCCGUAAUGCCAGGAAUGGUCAGUAAAAACCCAGACCUCGAGUUCGACUCUUUGCAGCCCUGUUUCUACCCGGACGAAGAUGAUUUUUAUUUGUGCGGGCCGGACUCCGCUCCCCCCGGGGAGGACAUCUGGAAAAAGUUUGAGUUGCUGCCCACCCCUCCCCUGUCUCCCAGCCGGGCCGGGCUCCAGGAGCACCCCCCGGGGGGGGCCCCGGUGCCGUGGGGAGGGGCGGCCUUGGGGGGCUGCCGCCCCGCCGACCCCCUGGACUGGGCGUCGGAGCUGCUCCUGCUGCCCCCCGAGGCCGACCUGUGGGGCGGCUCGGACGGCGGGGACUUCUUCGAGACGGGCCUCGGCGUGACCAACAACCUCAACUCCAUCAUCAUCCAGGACUGCAUGUGGAGCGGCUUCUCCGCCCGCGAGAAGCUGGAGCGGGCGGUCAGCGAGAAGCUGCAGGUCAAGCCGCCCGCCGCCGCCGCCCCGCCGCCGCCCCCGGGGACCGCCGCCGCCGCGGGCAGCCCCGCCGCCGCCUGCAGCGGCCGCGCGGAGCUGGGCGGCGCUGUGCCCGAGUGCGUGGACCCGGCCGUGGUCUUCCCCUUCCCCGUCAACAAGCGGGAGGCGGCGGCGGCGGCGGCGGCGGCGGCGGGCCGCGCCGGGGCGGCGGGCGGCGGGGCUCUGCGGGGCGGCCGCCCGCCGCGCCCCGCCGGGGACAGCCGGGCCAGCAGCAGCUCCGGGGACGACACCCUCAGCGACUCGGAUGACGAGGAUGAGGAGGAAGAGGAUGAAGAAGAAGAAAUAGAUGUUGUGACUGUGGAGAAAAGACGCUCCUCCUCCAACAAGGCUGUUACCACCCUUACUAUUACAGUGCGUCCUAAAAAUACCACUUUUCCAUCGGUCAGGACACAGCAGAAUGAACUGAUUUUAAAGCGUUGCGCACCAAUUCACCAGCAGCAUAAUUAUGCCGCUCCUUCUCCAUACAUGGAGAGCGAAGAUGCUCCACCGCAGAAAAAGUUAAAAACCGAGGUGCCCCGUCCAGUAAAACCCACGAUCCAACCAAAGCCUAAGAGUUCAAGUCCUCGAAACUCUGAUUCAGAGGAUAGUGAACGUCGACGUAACCAUAAUAUCCUGGAGCGUCAACGGCGUAAUGAUCUACGGUCAAGUUUCCUAACGCUAAGGGACCAUGUUCCAGAACUGGUUAAAAAUGAGAAGGCUGCAAAAGUUGUGAUCUUGAAAAAAGCCACUGAAUAUGUUCAUUCCCUUCAGGCAGAGGAGCAGAAGUUAUUGCUAGAAAAGGAAAAAUUGCAAGCCAGACAACAACAAUUGCUAAAGAAAAUAGAAUACAAGCGGACUUGCUAAACUUUGUUUUGUUUUCUUUUGUUUUGGCUGACCAGGACAGUCAUUGCCACUUUGCACAUUUUUGAUUCUUUAAAAAAAAUUGUGUUUUUGACGUUAAGAAUGUUGGUUUUACUUUCAAUCCAGUCCCUGAAGUAAUCAACAAACUAUAUUAUCCGGGUACGGAGCAAAUGGAUGUUCUUGCAAGGAGUUUAUUGCAAGACUACCAAACAACAAUGGACUGCCUUUGUUUUUCUUCUUAAGAACUGUAGAUGGUGGGGAUUUUUUUUUUUUUAAAUUGUUGUGAGCAUUUGGAGCUGCUGAUGACAUCUAGUUGAGUUUUAAAACGUUCAUUCCUAAGUUUUAUGGUGCUUAUGUUCUAACAGAUGUUACUUUAGGGGUUGGCAUUUGUACCCCUGUGGGAAUUUUCUGUAAAUACCAUCUACACACUUGCCUUUUGUACAUGUCUUGGGUUAUGAGAGGUGGCUUUUGCUACCAGUAUUAGACUGGAAGUUCAUACCUAAGUACUGUAAUACCUCAAUGUUUGAGGAGCAUGUUUUUGUAUACAAAUAUAUUGUUAAUCUCUGUUAUGUACUGUACUAAUUCUUACAUUGCCUGUAUACUUUAGUAUGAUGCUGAUACAUAACUAAAUUUGAUACUUAUAUUUUCGUAUGAAAAUGAGUUGUGAAAGUUUUGAGUAGAUAUUACUUUAUCACUUUUUUGAACUAAGAAACUUUUGUAAAGAAAUUUACUAUAUAUGCCUUUUCCUAGCCUGUUUCUUCCAGUUAAUGUAUUUGUUAAUGUUUGGUGCAUAGAACUGGGUAACUGCAAAGUUCUGUGUUUAAUUUCUUCCAACGAUGUACAUUUAGUGCUGCGUCUUAUAGCACUUUGAAAUACCUCAUGUUUAUGAAAAUAAAUAGCAAUUACAUGA